GCUAAUUUCAGGAAAUCAGGAUUGUGCUCCGCCAUUUUAGACGCUGUACGUACACUGAUUAUUCAUAAGUUGUUUGUAGUGCCUGUUAUUGUUAUUUUACGACGCUUCAGUAUUACCAAACGUCUCAAGUGAAAUAUGGGCGACUUUGGAGGUCCGCGCGGCACCCGCGUGUACGUGGGCGGACUGAACGCGCACAUCAAGAAGGAGGAGAUUGAAGAUGAGUUCAAGCGAUUCGGGCGGCUGAACAGCGUUUGGGUUGCAUACAAUCCGCCAGGCUUUGCGUUCGUCGAGUUUGCCAGCGAGGGGGACGCCGAAACGGCCUGUGACUCGCUCAACAACAGCUCCCUGCUCGGGCCCAAGUUGAGGGUCGAAAUAUCCAGGGGUAGGAGUCGUGGGCGGGGAGGGUUUAGGGGCAGUAGAGGGGGUGGAGGAGGAUUCAGGGGAGGUAGGGAUGGUGGAGAGAGGAGUUUCGGGGGAGGUGGUAGAGGGGGGCCGUACGAGAGGAAUGGCGGAGGGUUCCGUGGAGGGAGUAGGGGUGGAAGCAUGGGGAGGAGGGGUGGUAGUUCAGGUGGUGGUAGGUUUGACGACUUUGAUAGGAGUAGGGGCUCGCCAUACUCGAGUGGCCCCCCCAGCCGGGGGGCUGGAGGCUACGGGAGCAGACAGCCUGUGAGAGACGACUACGAAAGAGAGCGUGACUAUGGCGCGAGGGAAUAUUCGAGCAGCUCCAGCUACCGCACGAGCCGUGGCGGCCCGUCGAGCUAUGCGCCGGUCUCUGGUGACCGCUACGGCGGCCGGGAGUCGCUGCGGGACAGCUACGAGUCGAACGGCUACUAUAGAGACCCGCCCAUGCGAGAGCCCCCUGCAGGCAGGUUCCGAAGUCGGUCACCGAUACCGCGAGCAAGUGUACGUGACUACGAGCCAAGAGAGUCUGCGUAUUCAGGCCGAUCACCGGCACCGAAACCAUAUCCACGAGCCGGCGGCUAUUCCAAACCACCGUACUAAACAUCAAAAGUAGGUGAUGUACGAUGAUGUUCUGCGUACGGCUAGUACAAAUCAACUAGUAACAGGCGUCGAAAAAGAAAAUCCAACGAUCGACGUCUCAAGGCUAAAAUCAACUCCAAGAUGACAAUUAUCCAUGCACCCAAAAACAAACUUAUGUAUUGUGUUAGUUUGAAUGCUGAGCCCUCUAGAGAAGAACGCUGUGUGUAGUUUAUUACUAAGUAUUAUCUUCUAUUCUUAUAUUAUUUUACGAAUAUACCAAUCAAUUUGGAAAACACUUCGUUAUAUCAUGGAAAUAGGCAAUUCAUAAAUAUUUCAGUGGAGCCGGUUUGAAUGUGGAAUCUAUUGUUACGCUGUUUUAUAAUAUUAACGAUUACACUAUAUCGAUGUCAGAAAAUUUUGAGCGACGUGUAACGAGAUUAUUAUUUUCAACUAAUGCUUCGUUAUAUUCUGUGAGUAGUACAUCGCAAGCAAAGUCUGGUCGUUAAGCAUGCAACUCAAACGCUCUUCAAAUUAGUAUUCAAACACAGUUGCUUGAAUACUUGGAUCAGAUCUGGUCAUCAUCCAGGAUCUACUUUCGGCGAAUAGUGGAAUUUUACCAAUGGACAAUUCAAGCGGUUUUCCAAAUUAUCGCAACAAGUAGUCUAUAGUUGAAUAUUUUUCCAUAACUAGAAGAUUUUCCAUAACGGUACUUUGAUAGAUUCCGAUUUUGUAUAGAUUAUUUUUUAGCAUAUCAGACAAUUUACAAUAUUGUGAAACUAAUCUAUUUAAGUUGAUAUUUUGCUAAAUUAUGUUAAUUAGACUUUGAAGUUCUGUUUUUCAAUGCAUUUUUGUUUGGUGAGCUGAAACGGAAACUUUUUUGUUGUCAUAAGUCUUCACUCAUUGGCAGACUAGUAAUCAGCUGCCAAUUGGUGAGAAUCCAUUAGUGGGGUUUCUGGAUAGCUGCUUCCGAUCAUCAGGACAGAAGCUCAUUGGAAAGCAGGAUUUUAGAGCUUUUUAAGAUUACUUGAUGGUUUUUUAGUAUCUUACCCAGUUGGAAUAAAUUAAUUUCUGAUACCUGCAUUUUUUAAAUUAAUUCUUUCCAAUGACGCUUUUGAAUUCAAUGAAUAACUGAUAGAAAAUUUCAAACAAUAUAAAUAAUGAUUAAUUAAUCGUUUUUUUCUAUUUUUUUGGAACGUUCGAUUUUUUGCCGUCUUUAUGAAAUCUACCAGAUCAAACGAAACUUGGCAAACACAUGAACACAUAAUCUUUUUGCCAAGUUAUGUUUAAUCUAAUCUAACUUAUAAGGAAAAAAUCGUAAGUCCAAAAAUCGAUGUGUGUUUAACUGAUACUGACAAAAACAUCUUCUCGAAUGUGCAAUUUCUGCCUUCAAAACUUUUACACAUCCUACAUAAUAUAUCUUUCCUUGCAUGGUCUUCAAAGAAUUUUUUACUAUCGUAUUCAUACAGAUCAAUUUAUGUGCAUAUGUACCUAUUAUUGUUUUCCACGCCCAAUGAUAGUCAUUAAAAGAAUGACAUACAUAACAAA